AUGUCUCGUGAAAGUAUUUCGGUUUCAUCAACACGAAGUAAACAUUCAGAACCAUCCAAAUACAAUCGGUCGUUGAAACCAUUAGCUCGUGUUCCGCCUGUACCUGAUGAAAUUCUCGCUCAACUACUCAAAUUUCGCAUCGACGGCCAACCAAUUAAUGCGAGAAAUGUGGGCGAAGUCUAUCCUGGUUUAGACAAUCUACUUGUCCGAUGUUUACGAACAGGCGAUGAUCGACAGUUAAACAGUCGUUUGAACCGAAAUUUAAAACCUGAGUAUCUGCUAAUCACAGGAAAGCAUAUCCAUAUAAGUGUGUGCGCGAGAACGCAAGAUAUACUGGAAAAUCUAAUUUCAAUGGGUGCAACUCUUGAUCUUCAUUUUUAUGAGCCCACUCAUAAAGAAGAACUGGAAUUAAUGUGUAAAUUUGGUUAUGAUAUCAACGAACGUUUGCCAAAAUACAAUAAUCAAACACCAAUCUCGUUCUUCAUCCACAAAAAUUCUUCUGUUUCGAUGUUCGAUGUUCUAGUCAAAAACGGCGCUCGUUUCGAUAUUCAAGAUGAUCAUGGGCAAACAUGUCUUCACAUAGCUUGCCAAUCAGCAAUUACUGAUGCUGUGUUCGAAUUUAUUGUCAACAACACACCAGAUUUCUGCUUGAACAUUCGGAAUCAAAUCGGUAGCACACCACUUGAUCUUGCGUAUCUAGCCACGUAUGAACAAGCAAGUUUAUCGCGAAUGCGUCGUUUGCAUUUGUUAUUGUCUCGAACAGAAAGUAAACUAACUCGAUAUGGUAUGCGCGAACCAAAUUUACUCUCGACGAAACAGUAUAAGCUAUUCAAUAUCUUAGCAUGUAAAGAAUUUCUAUUGAAAUAUCGCCUGCGAGAUAUAUUCGAUCCGUCAGUGCGUGCAUUGACAUGGUGUAUAUUUUUAUUCUAUGACGUUCUUCGCGCAUGUGAACAACCAAGUACAGAUUUGAAAGAAGGCAUUAUUCGGCAACGUCUCGACAAUUAUUUAGUAUCUAUGAUUGAAAAUGGAGAAAUUUCAUUGAAUAAAUUGAUCUUUCGCCCAAAUCCUUGUGUCGAUAAUCCAUUCUAUUUGUUAUCUUCGACAAGCAAUGCAAUCGAACGACAAAAUUCGAUUUUACAUAUUGCCCAGUUGAAGAAUAGAUUGAGUAGAUUACGUGCACAAACUUUAACUUUAAAAGCUCUCUGUCGAAUAAAAAUCAAAGGCCAAGUUCAAUCUUAUCCAAACAAUAUCGUGAAAAUAGAUUCGAUCUCGAAAAUCCUACAAGCAUAUCUAACAUUUUACAAUCCAUUUCUCAAAUCUGAUGUCACCAAAUGA